UACGUCAUCACUCCGCGCCGCGGUCACGCUUUAUCGUGCGGCUCUGGCGCUGUUCUCAGAGCGUUUUGCGGGUGUUUGGGGACAAUGUCGGUGUUUCACGACGAGGUGGAGAUCGAGGACUUUGAAUACGAUGAGGAAACGGAGACAUAUUACUUCCCGUGUCCCUGCGGAGACCGCUUCGCCAUCACCAAAGAGGACCUGGAGAACGGGGAGGAGGUGGCGACGUGUCCGAGCUGCUCGCUCAUCGUUAAAGUCAUCUAUGAUAAGGAGCUGUUCGAGGUCGGAGAAAUAAUCGAAGCUCCGGCACACUCCAAACUGGAGGUCGCUCAGUCCUGAACCUUUGACCUCACAGAGACCCUGGUUUAACAGCUUCCUGUUCCCCUUCGCUGUGCUGCGUUCAGAUGGUGCUGGGAAACCUCAGACCUUCCCCUCCUCUGACUUUCCUGCAGAUUUACCUUGAGUGAAAUCACACCUGACAGAUGCUGAUGGACUCGAUAAGAAGAUGCGAGGUAGCGAGGCGUCCGCCGUGGACAGAUGAAGGUCGCGCUGGACGUUCUGUAUCGAAAGCAAAGCGUUGCUUCCUGCCUCGACCUCGCUGCUCUCAGUGCACUUUCAGUCUUCCACUUUAAGCUGCCCACCUGGAGGCAACAGUCCCUCCUCAAACACCCGAUCAUCCAGCCGCUGAGUCGCUGCUAUCAGGAGGAAGGAAACACCACAGACGACUCUCUGAGGACGGGAGCUUCAGUCAGAGCUUUUAUUUUGUAGUUUUCAGAUAUUUAAUAUAUAUUUAUAUAAGCGCACAGACACAGAGAGCCGAUGCACUCUUUGGAGGACAAUGACAACAUGACUAAACCAGGCCAGUGUGUUGAUGCCUUCAUGGAGACCCAGUUUGGUCAAAGGUGUUUUUUUUUAAACUAUUCUUUAUUUGGUUUGUGGAUAACAUGACCUUUGAACCCAGAGAUACAUUUUUAACACAAUAAAAGCAUCUUCUGUAGUUUAUUAUAUAUGU